ACCACCUCUCACCGUUCUAGUUCGAGACUGAGCACAAGGAUUCGUCGAGCCAUGGCCUGAUGAACGAGACCAAGAAGUGCACAAUUACCCUUUCGCGCGUGAUGCGCUGUGAAGAUACACGCCCGAUGAACUGCACCCUAUUCAUUUAAGUUACGCAAGAAGUCCAACAGUCUGCUGUCCAUGCAAGCUUCCUCCCACGACACAUGUUCUUUGGCCAUAUCUGAAGUGCUAUAAACUCUAUAUCAGCAUCAUCCUUUGUCUCAACCAGCGCUUUCGGAAGUUCAAGUCGUGAAUUACCAUGGGCUCUAUCGAAGAUAUCCAGAGAUUGUCCCUCAACGGCAGCGCCAACGGCACCAAUGGCACUCACAUCAAAGAGCUCGACGCCCUGAUUGUUGGCGCAGGUUUCUGCGGUGUAUACCAGCUGAAGAUCCUCCGCGACGCAGGCUACAACGUCAAGCUCGUCGAGCACGGAUCCGAUUACGGCGGUGUUUGGUACUGGAAUCGGUACCCAGGCGUCCGUGUCGACAGCUCCAUUCCCCACUACGAAUUCUCCGACCCAACGCUUUGGAAGGAUUGGACAUGGAAUCAGAGGUUCCCGGAUGGCUCGCAGCUUCGCGCUUACUUUGCUCACGUAGCUAAAGUGUGGGAUCUGAGGAAGGAUACCAAAUUCGACACCUUCGUCUCGUCUGCGACAUGGAGUGAUGAGGAAGCAAGAUGGAUGGUGAAGACGAAGGCGGGCGAGACAUACAAGGUGAAAUAUCUGCUGUUGAACACCGGCUUCGCGGCGAAGCGACACAUUCCCGAGUGGAAAGGCAUCGAUUCUUUUAAAGGCACCUUUCUCCAUCCUUCGUUUUGGCCUCAUGAAGAACCUGAUCUCCGCCGCAAGAAGGUGGCUGUUAUCGGAACAGGCGCUACCGGUAUUCAAAUAGCGCAGGAGUUGAGCAAGGUUGCGAGCCAGCUGACAGUCUUUCAGCGGACGCUGAACAUGUCAAUGCCAAUGCGUCAAGUCGACUAUGACCUUCCGCAACAAGCCAUUUCCAAGCUUGAGUAUCCGGACUUUUUCGGGGGGUUGAAAAACCGCUUCUCAGGCUUCUCGUUUGAGUUCAUCCCCCGAUCUACAUUUGACGACCCGCCAGAACAGCGAAAGAAGAUCUAUGAAGAACUGUGGAACGAAGGUGAUUUUAAAUUCUGGCUUGCGGCUUACCAAGACAUGCUCUUUGAUAAAGAAGCCAACCGCGAAGCAUACAACUUCUGGCGGGACAAAACGCGAGCGAAGAUCAUUGACAGCAGAGUCGCCGAUAUACUCGCUCCUAUGCAGCAGCCCUAUUCCUUCGGUUGCAAACGCAUCGCGCUUGAGAAUGGGUACUUCGAGAUGUACAACAAGCGCAGCGUCUCUCUCGUUGACAUCAGCGAUAAGGGUACGCCGAUACAAGAAAUCACGGAGAAAGGUAUCAAGACCACGGAGAAGGAACACGAGUUCGACUACAUCAUCAGCGCGACCGGUUACGACGCCAUUACCGGUGGUCUGAAACAGAUCGAUAUCCGCGGCCCGUCAGGCGAGAGCUUGAGCGAGCAUUGGGAGGAUGGUGUAAAGACGUAUCUCGGAAUGGCCGUCGCAGGCUUUCCAAACAUGUUCUUCACCUACGGGCCUCAAGCGCCGACUGCGCUAUGCAACGGUCCCACAUGUGCUGAACUGCAGGGCGACUGGAUCUUGCAAAUGAUGAACCGUAUGAAGGAGAAGUCGCUUCGCAAGAUCGUAGCGCAGAAGGAGAGUGAAGAUCAAUGGAAGGAGCUCAUCUGGAAGCUUGCUAAUGCUUCGCUGCUGCCCAGCGUAGAUUCUUGGUACAUGGGAAGUAAUAUUCCUGGAAAGCCCAGAGAGCCAUUGAUGUACAUCGGUGGCGUGCCGACUUAUUACAAGACGAUUAACGAGACGGCUGAGAACGGGUACACUGGGUUUGAUCUGGCGUGAGAUGACGUAGUGAGAUGAUAGAUGUGCGGAAAUCUUUGUGCUUUUUCUCGGGAACGGAUGGGUGCAUGACCCCAGCCAUUCCUCACUUCUUUGCAGUCUGAUCGAAGAAAAGGGAAGUGCUGCAUGCAUCUGCAGGUUUUCAGAAGGUGUUGAGAUUUGCUUAUUUGCGGAGGGCUUGAUUUCCGAGUUCGGGACGAGCCCGAGCGAAACGCAAGCAAGUCUUGAUGACAUCGUCUCGAUCGGAGGUCUAGCACCGGAUGUC